AAAAUAGCUGGAUGUUCAUCAGGUAUCAGGUUAUCUCAGUUUACAUCUCUGAAAAAUGAAAUCUGUAUCAUGGGGUCCAUUAAAGACUCUAACUUUACGUUUGUUAAGAGUCAAGAUUUUGUGGGUAUGAAGAAAAUGGGUUAUUUGGUUUGUCAGAAGAAUUACAAGUCAAGAUUUUUGGUUAAGAGUUCAUUGAAUCCAGAGGGUAAAUCAAUAUCUGGUGUUAGUGUAGAGACAGUACUCAAAGAGAAUGAUACUUAUUCUGUUGGGAAAGACGUAAGUCUUCUUGAUGCUGAUAAUGGUGGUGAUGGGGAGGGAGAUUUAGCUGUUGGGAAUGGUGGAAAUGGGAAAUACCCUGGUGGUGGUGGCGGCGGCGGAGGUGGUGGUGGAGGUGACAAUGGAGAAGGUGAUGAGGAAGAAGAUGAAUUUGGGCCAUUACUGAAGUUUGAGGAUGUGAUGAGAGAGGCAGAGGCUCGUGGGGCUACACUACCUGCUGAUAUGAUAGAGGCUGCAAAGAGUGUUGGGAUCAGAAAGCUACUUUUGCUUAGAUAUUUGGACUUGCAGGGGCCAGCUUGGCACGGGGCUGCAAUGAGGUCGUCCGCUAUGCUGUGGAACAGAAUGUUGGCUGAUCCAUCAUUUCUUUUCAAAGUUGGAACUGAGGUUUGUGUUAAGCUUGAUUUUGAUAUUGCUGUUCUGUAAAUAAAUCAGUGAAAUAGUUGCUCCUUGAGCUACUGCUAUUAGUGUGCAAUGGAGAUGAUAUUUCAAUCUGCCCUGGCUUUGGGUAGAAAGGGAGCUGUUGAUGAGUACAUGAGUCGGACUGAAAAUGCAGUCAUGUUUUAUUCUAAAGCUGUGCGGUUGUUUGCAUUCCUUCAAGUGGAAGCACCAUCUCUGAUUUUAAACCCUCCAUUUUCUCUAACAAACUCGGAUCGUUAUAGGCUUCAAAAUUACAUUGAUGUCCUUAAUAACAGGCAAAGCGUUUCAAAGUCUCAAAUGAUGGCUCUGCUCAAGUGUGAAGAUCAACACUGCUCUCCAUAAGGAGGAGAGAGAGCUGUUAAUACAAAACGACGAUAACAUGCCAAUGCCUUACUCUGUAAAAUUCUUUUGUCUGUACAGUUAUUCUUUUAGCAAUAAUUAAAGUGAAAAGAAAAAAAAAGAAAAAUGGCAACUCAUUUUCUUUGACGCUUGUAACGUUAUGUUUCUUUUUCGUUA